AUGAAUCGAUCUAACCAGCAACUACGACGUCGAAAUGUUCUGAUCGCUUUUGGACUUGUUUUCGUCUUCUGUUGGAUUCUGUAUCGACCAGGAUCAUUCCAGAGCAAUGUCACCUCUACCGGACAUAAAGAGUUUUGGAGGGAGUUUUAUCCUCUACUAACGGCGGCAGCGCCAAAUUGCGAUGCGCCGACGAGAAUCGCGAAGGCUGAGGCGGAGGGGUUCGAUCCAAAGAGCACCAAGCAACCUAUCAACCUCUUAAGGAUGCCCGAGGGAGAUGUGAUGAAGAUGAAAAACGCCCAUGGCACGUUCCUCAGGAGCAUCGAACGCGAUGCGCCGCGGCUGCACUACAGACCUGGCACGAGAGGGUUAGUUUCGACCGCGGGGGGCGCAUAUCUGCCGGUUUUGGUGACCUCGCUUCGCAUGCUCCGGAGAACAGGCUCAGACCUACCCAUGGAGGUCUUUCUGGCGGAUUGGACGGAGUACGAUGGAUAUACCUGUCAGGUGGUUUUACCUUCGCUCAACGCCGAAUGUGUGGUGCUGUCGGAAAUCCUCGACGCGGCUCCUGGGAGUAGGAAUAAGGUCGAGAAAUAUCAGUAUAAACCACUGGCGAUCCUGUUCUCCUCUUUUGAGGAAAUUCUCUUCCUUGACGCAGACGCCUUUCCCCUCCAGAAGCCCGACUUGAUAUUCAACAGCAACUUGUUUAAAUCCAAGGGAUUGAUCACCUUCCCGGAUUUUUGGAUCACGACAGCAUCCCCUUUCUUUUAUCAGAUUACGUCUCAGCAACAGCCCGCGCCUAAUGUCCGCCAGUCCACCGAGUCAGGAGAGGUAUUCUUCUCGAAAUCAAUCCAUCUCCGGACCCUCCUGCUGGUCAUCUACUACAACUUCUGGGGCCCGACGCAUUACUACCCGCUUCUCUCGCAGGGCGCGCCCGGCGAAGGCGACAAAGAGACCUUUCUUGCGGCCGCGGCGGUCUUCAAUGCACCAUUCUACCAAGUCAGCGAGCCGAUUCGUGCCCUCGGCCGGCACAAGGAAGACGGAUUCUCCGGCUCCACCAUGGUUCAGUACAAUCCGGUGGAAGAUCACGAGCUGACCAGCCAUGGGGUAUGGCGUAUUAGAGGCCAUAAAGCGCCCUCCCCGAAGCCGUUCAUCGUGCAUGCCAAUUUCCCCAAGUUCAACCCCGCAACCAUCUUCCAUGACAACGGUCCCGCUGUAAAGGGCGACGGCAGUUAUACCCGUGCCUGGCUGGCACCUGAAGAUCUGGUCCAGUCAUUUGGCACAAACGUCGAACAGCAAUUUUGGACGGAGAUCCGCUGGACCGCUUGCGCUCUGGAGGGCAGGACAGUUAGUUGGAUGGACAAGAAGGGAAUUUGUGCUCGAGCCGAUGAGUAUUAUAAGAAGAUUUUUGGGUCAGAUUUGCCUGCCUCUGCCUGA